AGAUCCAGCUAACAUGUGCUGCUGUCCAAGAUCCUGCUCCUGCUUAAAGCGUGCUUACCCGACCCACCACCAUUUUUGGGAACUCCCCUGUUAAGUACCGAAGGCCUGAAAUUUUAAGACCAAACUGUAUUAGGAAAACGUUUUAGAGAGAGUGAUAGAUAGAGAGAGAAACACACACUUCAAGCCCAUUUUACACCAUCAUAUGCCUGCAAAUACACAGGAGAGGGAGAUAGAGACGAAGAAAAAGACUGUUCGUAGUUGGGUGUGUUUUCUUCCUAUAUAUGGAUGAGAGAAAACAGAUACAUAAUUGGUAAACAAAUUCUACGUAUUCAACUAAAUAUUUUUGCGGUGUUUGCUCUCUUUCUAUAAGUUCUUCCCUCUGGAAUUCUGUUUCUGUUUAUAGAAUCAAGAAGGUGCUAGCGUAGCGACCCUGGUUAAUACAUAUCAAAUUCUUAAUGGAGACCUGUAGUAUGAGCUUUUCUGGAAACAUGGAAGAUGAAUACGAGAAGUUUAUUCGAAGAAUGAAUCCACCCAGAGUUGUUAUCGACAACGAUUCCUGUAAAAAUGCCACCAUUAUUCAGGUGGAUAGCGCUAACAAACAUGGCAUACUUUUGGAAGUCGUACAAGUUCUCACCGAUCUUAACUUUAUCAUCACCAAAGCUUACAUAAGUUCCGAUGGAGGGUGGUUCAUGGAUGUCUUCAAUGUCACCGAUCAAGAAGGUAACAAAAUCACCAAUGAAGAAAUUUUGGAUUACAUUCAAAAGGCUCUUGGUUCCGAAACAAGUUUUACAACAUCAAUGAGAUCCGUUGGGGUAACAGCCUCAACGGAUCACACAGUAAUCGAAUUAAUAGGAAGUGAUAGGCCGGGCCUACUCUCAGAACUAUGUGCAGUUCUCACACACUUAAAGUGUAAUGUAUUAAAUGGUGAGGUGUGGACCCACAACACACGGGCAGCAUCCGUACUUCAAGUAACCGAUGAAGAAUCCGGUUUAGCGAUUACUGAUCCCAAAAAACUUUCCAUUAUAAAGAAAAUGUUAUGCAAUGUGCUUAAAGGUAGCAACAAAGCUAAUGAAGCUAAAACUGUGGUCUCUCAUGGUGUUACACAUACCGAAAGACGCCUUCAUCAAAUGAUGUUUGCAGAUAGAGAUUAUGAGAGAAAAGAUGAAUGUUGUAGUGAGAAAGAAAGGCCUGAUGUGAAAGUUGUUAAUUGGUAUGAUAAAGAUUAUUCGGUUGUGACAAUAAGGUGUAAAGAUAGACCAAAGCUUUUGUUUGAUACGAUUUGUACUUUGACUGAUAUGGAGUAUGUGGUUUUUCAUGGAAAUGUUGAUGCUGAAGGACCCGAAGCUUAUCAGGAAUAUUGUAUUCGACAUAUCGAUGGGUUUCCUGUGAAUUCGGAUGCAGAGAGGCAAAGGGUGAUUCAAUGUCUUGAAGCUGCCAUUGAAAGAAGAGUUUCUGAGGGAUUGAAGCUAGAACUAUGUACAACCGAUAGAAUUGGGCUAUUAUCCGAUGUGACUCGUAUAUUUCGUGAGAAUAGUCUCACGGUGAUGCGGGCAGAGGUGACAACUCGGGCAGGAAAAGCCAUGAAUACAUUUUAUGUUGGUGAUGCUUCCGGGUACCCUGUUGACCCUAAGAUUAUUGACUCUAUCAGAAAAGAAAUCGGGCAGACAAUUCUAAAAGUCAAAAGUACCCCUCAAGAAUUAAACCAAGCUCAACAAGAAUCUCCUAAUAGGUUCCUUUUUCGUGGCCUUUUUAAGACCAAAUCCUUUUGCAAUUUUGGGCUUGUUAGAUCUUACUCGUGAGGUACCAAUACUCCAAUUCACACGUUAAUCACUCAUUCCAUUCCAACAGAGUAACCAAACAUAAGAAUGGAAUGGAAAUGGAAAUGGAAAUGGUAAUGGUAAUGAUUUGUUGUGUUACUUUGUACAUUCCAUUCCAUUGAACCAAACAGACCCUUAGUCGUUAGACCCUCAGCCCGUUUGAUGGAAGCAAGAAAUGGUUUUGUAUAUAUUAAGAUUUUAGUUUUGUUGACAUUUUAAUGUGAUUUGAAUUGUUUUUUCAUAUGGCUA